UGUUUUUAUUAAAGGGACGGAAAACGUUCUUCCACCCAUGGAAAAUAUUGUUGAAUCAUUUUGUUAUUUCAACUACAAUUCUGGCAAUAAUCGAAACUGUUGACCCUUGGUGCGGUGAUAAAUCGUCCAAAGUCUCUUCGGAUAGCAGUUGAGAUUAACGGCUCGUCCUAAUUUUGUGCCGGGAUUCGGAAUCGCCUUUUUUUUCCCCACCUGCACUUUGCAGCUUGAUGCAGUUCCGGAAAAAUGGGAGAUAAUUCAAAAACGCUUCGUGACUAGUGGCGAAGAAGAUCGGUCACGAAUCUUCAGGGGAAUCUCACCCUUUUUAAGUCCUACUGCUUCGUUUCUUCGUACAGCGAAAUGAACAGGCUUUAAAAUGUUCAAAAAAUAACGCCUCCACCCUAUUUGUCAAAUAAGUAGAGCGUUUUUAACUUAUUUAAUGGUUACUCGUGUCAGAUCUGUUUAUUCAAAUAAAAUAUCCGAUCUUCAAUUUCAAGGCUCAAUUCGCUUAUACAAUAUAGAAUACAUUAUUUUAUUUUUAUAAGAUUCAAGAUGUCCACCAUUCACAUUAAUACAUUUAUUUAGCAACAAUAUUUCUUUAACAAAAACAAAACACAAAAAAAAUACGGGCUUGUGUUGAAUAUUCCCACUAUUUUUUGAUAAAACCAUGAUCAAAACCAAGUCCCUCUAUUUAUUUACUAAAAAAAUUUUUCCUUGCGUGCUGGGUUUAAUUAAAUUAAAUUUAAUUUAAUUAAAAGAAAUUCUUUCCCUUGGCAGUGAAGAACACGCUCAACCUACCAGGACGAUAUUAUUAGCCAGAUAAUGGAAGUGGAUUACUUGUAUUGAUGACAUCAGGGGAGAUAAAGAAGAAUCUUUUCCCAGUUAUCUCACUAGUCAGAUUUGAGUUGAAUAUCUGAAAGUGGCCUUUUCGCAUCGACUCCCAAGAAGGAAAUAAACCACAUUUCUAUAUAAACAAAAAAAUGUUGUGGUAUAACCUGAGACAAAGUCAAAAGAAUGGUUAUGACUGUGAGGUCCCUUCAGGUGUAAAUUGGUCAACUAAAGAGAUCAACGUAGUUGUGAGACUUUUAUCGGCUGUUUACACAUUCCUAGCAUUUCUUGUGGCUCUAUUCCUCAUACCAUGGCUUUUUUUUAUGUUUAUAGUUGUUCGUAUUUGUCGGAUACUGUUUAUAAGAUGGCUGGAGAAAAAUUUCAACGGCUUGGAAUUUGUGCAAAAGACGACUGUAAGAACGGCUGUCGAUACCCCAAGGAAUCAAGGGAUUAUUACUGCACUCCUUACUGUUCGAGGCCCCUGCCAAUUACAUUUUAUAAAAAAUCGAAUACAGGCCGAUAUUGUUGAAAGGGAGAAAAAUGGAAUAGUCGUCUUCCCACAUUUGAGGACAAUUUUAACAAGUCGAUGGGGUACCUAUGCUUGGAUCAGGGGCUCGGAGAAGAAAUUUUGCAUUGAUAAUCACAUUGUGCUUGCCAAUACAACAUUCAAAGGCAGGCCAGUUUCUGACAGCAACAUUCAGGACUACAUAAGUGAUAUCAUAGCAAAACUCCUUCCCACAGAUCUCCCUCCAUGGCAGAUAACAUUAAUCCCAACUCUGCAAGAUAAAACAUAUCUGCUGAUCAGAUUACACCACCUUUACCUUUCUGAGGACAAAUUAUCUUUAGGAGAACUGCUGCUUUUAAGGGGAGACGAACAUGUCACGGUUAGCAACUCGGAUCCUUGGGUCGAUAGCUCCAUACUUUCUGGUGUUUUCCGAACACCUGUUGUUAUACCUCAAGUUUAUGAGCAGGCUUGUGAGUCAUUAGCCAAUUGGUGGAAUGAACUUCUCUACGAGUAUGAUCCCAUUGAUAACCCAAAUGCGACUAAGAAACCAACGAUCAAAACUUUUAUUGUUUUGUUGACAAUAAUGACAGUCACCGUUAUAAAAGAAUACAUGAAAGGUGAAAAUGUCAAGUUAAAUGACCUCAUAAAAAUUGAGGUAGCUAAGAGAAACAUUUCUAAAAAAUUGUUCUGGUCUAGUUUCUACAAUACAUUCAAGCCUUCUAAUAUAAUAAAAACAUUAUUCCAAUUCAUCUGGAGUACACCGAUAUCAAUAAUCAAAUUCCCGAUCCGACUGGCAAAAAUGAUAGUAGAUACUCCAGUGUACCUCUACUGGCUUUAUCUCGGUCACUAUGUCAUAAAAGAGACUCUUUAUCUAUUUAAAAUUUUCUACACGGCACCUAGGGUCAUAUUCGAGGAGAUCUUCCUUCCUGAAUAUCCCUGCAACGUCCAUCAGCUACAGACGAUGUCUUUCUGUGGUAGAAAGGUUGUCCAUUGGUCAGAUCCAAUCCCUCUUGAGAUGGUGAAGCAAAUCAAAUGGGCGACCAGUUCCACUACCUCAGAAGUAGUCAUGUCAGCAGUAUCGGCAGCAUUGAGAAAUUAUUUUUCUGAAGCCAAUUAUUCAGUGCCAAAAGCAGUAAUGACGACAUGCCAUUUCACACCUCAGGAAGAUUUGUUAGCACACCGAGGCCAACUCACAUCAGGGAUGCUUUGUCUGCCACUUCCUACGCAGACCCCUGUAGAUGACCCUUUGGCGUGUCUUCAGGCUUUAAAACAUUCGCUUUAUAAGGCCAGAUCAACACAAGCUCCUCUGUAUUUAGCAUCUAUUUAUCAAAUUGAUUAUAGCCUUUUUACAACAAUUUUUCCAACCCUGUUUGCCAAAGCAUGCCUUUAUCUGCUCUCAAGGAGAUACGCGGUCAAUGUAACUCAGGUUGACUCAACAUCAAGGAUGAGUGGAAAUAAAACAAGGCAGCUGCUCUGGGGGCAGAGAGUUGAGAAAAUAAUGUACUGGAGGCCCCCACAGGCAAAUGUUGGCCUUUCUCUUACGAUAAUCAGUUACGGUGACACAGUGCAGCUUGGAGUCAUGUCAGACGCCCAACUUUCACCGCACCAAUCGACCAUAGUGACAAAUUUCACCUCGGAAUUGUAUCAACUUGCAGAGCGGGCAGGCGUCCCUCGCAUUCCGGUUGAAUCAUCUCUGCCGACAAAUACUUUUUCCUAGGCUUCAUCUUUUUUAUUUAAGGUUUAAAAAUUACAAGUAUUGGAGGCUGAAAGGACUUAGCUGUUGACAACACUGCUGAAGCCUGCCUAACUUCAGUGGCAAAUCGGACA